AUGAGGUACGUUAUCCAAAUUAGUGUGGGCAGGGCGACGGAGACAGGUAUAAAAACCACUUCCCAGGAAAGUACAGAAGGCCUGGGCGGUCUAACAGGCAUAGGUGGCGCGAGACUCGGUGCGAUUUCCGGAUUGUCCGGGUUGUGCGUUCUGGCGGUUGUCGUGAUAUAUGAAAUCCCUGAAGUAUAUGUUCCAAUUACCAAAGCAGACCCUAUUAUUAUCCGUGGUAGUGGUGACAUAACAAUCUUUGGUAUGAACAAUGCAUUUAGCAAUGAUUUUCCACCCGAGUUACACGGAAAGGUAGCCCCAGAAGAAUUCCAGGAAACCAUUUCAAAAGUCAACAGCCAACUUAGGCGCUCCAUGUCUAUUAAUCUAAAAUGGCUUUUGUGUGGUUUCAUUUGCUGUUUCUGCACCCUUGGAUGCUCCAUGUGGCCGGCAAUUUGUGUGAAUCGUAAGGUAAAAAGAAGCAUCGAAAAGACACUUGAACUCGAAAAUGCCCGUCUUUAUUGCCAGCUUGGACUUAAUUGGAGCCUAGCUAAGCAAAGGUCCUCAGAACCGGUCGUUUUGAUGGAAUAUGUACUCCGGCUCGACUUCAUCCCAAAGUGUUCCGUUUACCAGCCGGAUUAA